UCUCCAAUUCAUAUCAAAGCAACCAUAGCAGCUAGCUCAUCAGAACCUCAAUAUGCCUUCUGCAUCACGCAAUAUAAUACUCUCUUCGAGGCUUUUAGCCAUCCUCAUCUGGUCCAAAUUGUGGCAUCUGAUUCUGUGGUACUUUCAAAUACUCACAUUCUUGGAUGGCCCUGCAUAGAUUUUAGUCAAAUCGCCACCGUGGACAAAACAUUCCGAGCAGUUCCAGAAUCUGAUAAUUCCCAACCAUCCCGCUGCCGCCACGAACCAUUGUCCAACGCCGCACUUGCAACGAUGCCCUCUUUUCAGCUGUUAAGGUUUAUUCAUCAACAUGCAGCUUUUCAGUUUAUCAUCUCAGUAUUACUUGUUAUCAUUGGAGUGCUCUUAUCAGAUUCAUCACUAUCCGAAGCAAGAUCAGAAAUGUUUUGUGCUCUUACCAUAUUACCAGUAAUAAUACUAUUUAUCUAUGCCAUCGCCAUGGGUGUGGUAAUGACUUCUUUUCCGUUUCCAUCCUGGGCAGAUCUCUUCAGGUUUAGUGCUCAUGUAGCAUUAGGGUUUUUAAUCUCAACACUACUUGAGGAAUUCUAUGUAAGGUUGGCGGCUGUUAUCUUAUGGUUAUCCAUCUAUAAUGCCGACACCAUACUUGCUCAAUAUACAUCAAUCGCAGACUUCUUGAGGUCCAUUCCUCGACAUGAAGGUUUUGGCCAUUCAAUGGAAGAGUUAACUCGCAUGGUGCAGAGGCGCUUCCCAAAUUCAUCACCAUUGGAGGAAGACUCUGCAAGGGCCUGGACUUUUAUGGCAAGUAGAGGCAUCUAUGGAUAUACAGGCGAUGUUAUCUCAGGUUCUCUAGCUUGUGCAAUAUUAAUAUCAUUCCUCAUCUCCCGCCAUGAGAUGCCAAUAUAUGUCUUCCUCAUCUGGGCAAUAUUGGUUUUUUCAUAUUUGAAGAACAACAGGGCAACAAUUCCAGGAAACGACAGUGAUUCCACAAGUAUCUAAGAUUCUCCGGUCAAGUCUCAUGGCAUGCGCAAC